ACUUUUAUGAUGUUUUCUUUUGCAGACGUUGCAACCUGUUAAAAUAGAAACAUGAGAUACAAGUUAAUAGAGUAGACAAGCAUUUAAAAUGAUAAUGCUUGAUAUUAACAGUACAGCUUACACCAUAGUUCUGUACGUGUACGUUGGUAUUUCGUUGUACUUUGUUAUUUGCUUGGUCAUUUGUUUUGUACAAGCGUUAUGCCAUAGGGGCGAAAAUCCCAGCGGUGGAAAAAUACAAGCAAGACGAAGUUUAAGAAGAUUGUCGCAUCGGAAUAAGACUCCUUAUAAGUCAUCAUCACGUGCUAUGGCGGUUUUAUCAUUAAUCGCAGCAAUGCUAGUCGUCGUGCAUGCCUCACUGGACUUGUGGGCGUUCACCAUUGAUAGUGGAACAUCAGCGCAUGCUCUUUGUGUAAGACAAGCCAUAAGUGGUGUCGUAUACUUCACGUCUGCUUUAUGUGUGUAUGUUUUCUUAUGGGUACGACAAAGAGUAUUUUACGCACACCCUGUUCUACGCCAUCUCUCAACUACAAGGCUGGUUCGUUUCAGUUGGUCGGUGUUGGUCAGCAUAGUGAUAUGCAUGGCUGGCUUCAUUGUUAUAUACUUACUUCCCCAAUUCUUACCAAACUGGUACGAUGAUGACGUUAUAAUAGGAAGUGUUUACCAACAAGAGGUUAACUGGACCACCCCAACAGGCCAAGCGGAGAUAACACAAACUGUACAUCCUUGGGACUUGCCUUGUUUUUUCAAACGAAGACAUCUUUUUCUAUGGGUUCAUUUUGCCAUCACAAUUCUGUUUCUAUAUUUCCAGAUAUCUCUUCAAUUCCUCUUCGCUUACCCUGUGCUCCACCACCAUAAAAGGAGCGCCAGAAGCAGCACAGUACUGUCGGACACAUCAGAUAAAAGACCACCAAUGCCGAAACCGUCAUCUAUUUGCGUUGUGCAAGUUUUGGAACACCAGUCGACCUCUUCGACGCUGAAACAAUUGGACAGCACCUCGAAUGACAAUAACCAUUCAGAUAAAAUUGAAGACAAUCAUGAUUCUGUUACGUCAGAAGAAGUUCAUGGGAUUUCUAUUAAGAAUAGAAAUCUUAUAAAAUCCGUCGCUUCGGAUCCAGGUCCGAUUACGUCACAUGAAAGAGUAAAUCGUGACGUCACAAAGCAAGGGAGUAAAAGAAGCGCGGUCGACGCGAAGGAAAAGCGAAGGACGCUAAAGAUGCGAAAGAACUUACGCGGUAGGGCGAGGAUAAGGGGUUAUAUCCUACGUUGUUUUAUCGUCGCUUUAUUCUGCUGCAUGUCAGAUUUAGCAGCUUUUGGUUUCAGCCUUUACGCACAAGUUGCUUCCAAAGAAUUCACUUUAAACAGAGAAGUAGAAACGUCUACAACCCCCAGUUUACAGUUUGAUAUGUCGGUCACAAUUUCUCUGCUAACAGGGUUGGCUUAUAACGGGAACAUGAUUGUGGCGAUCUUGGUACACAAACACGCAACAACCAUCUGUUAA